CGGGGAAUUGUACUUUGAGUUGAGCUGCCUAACUUAAAAAUUCUGUUUUAAAAUUAAGACUUUCUUUCUCAUUUCUUCUGAAUCCUUCUGCGAAUUUACUUGCUCUCCAUGGGUUUAUUAGACCAACUUUGGGAUGAUACAGUUGCCGGACCAACACCUGAAACCGGUCUCGGAAAACUAAGAAAACAUUCGACCUUUUCUUUCCGAUCAAAUUCCGGCAAUAAGGAAGUAGAAUCAGUUGCGAGAUCUAACAGUGAAGAUUUGUCUGACGAAGUGCACAGAAAUGUGACUCGCAGUAUAAUGAUUCUAAAACCGAGACCAGGGAAUCUGACGAUUAACGGUAAUGAUGGUGGUGGAUCAUCAGCACCAGCUUCACCAGCUGGAUCUACUCCUCCCGUAUCGCCUUUCACUCCAUCAGGAUCACCAUUCUCUGGUGGUAGAGAAUCAAAUCGUUUUCGUCGCAGAUUAUCGUCGGAUGUUUACGAGAGAGGAGCGGCUUCCUCGGCACCAACAGCAGUCCCCAUCCGAGCAGCAGCAGCAGCAACAACAGCAAUGGGGGAUGGAUCCAGGGGUACACCUCCUACUUACAACGUGUGAAAUGUGACCUCCACUAGUUUCUUUCACCUGACCGGCGACUUUUACUUACGACUACUACUUUUUAUAUCAGACGAGGAUACAAGAUCGAAUCGAAUACUAGCAGGCUUUCUUUUUUUUGUUGGUUUAGGUUUUGUUAUAUAGUAAUAUGGUAGUGCUAGAUAAGCAUGUAUUUAGCGUAUGUUGUUCCUUUGUAUGCGUGUAUAUAAUGUAUGGAGUCACUACCUCCGGCCACCAUUUAGGGUGGUUGAUUGCCUCAGUGGAUGUGCAAUGGAGUUUGAAGAGCGAGUAAGAAGAGCCGAGUUUUUUUUGUUUUUUGUUAUGCUUUUUUCUAGUGAGGAUGUGUAAUACCGGUGAAUCAGUGAUGUUUAGUAAAACUAGCUUGAGAGAGCUGUGUGAUUUUUAUGCAAGUAAAUUUGGAAUUUGAAGGGUUUCACUUCUUGUUCGAGCUGUA